AUGCCGCGCCGGCGAACAGCUCGCAUGUCUUGAUAGUUUUAUUGGUUUCAUUGCUUCUAUCUUGCCUUGUGGUUCGACUCUCGUUGAUAGUUUUACCGGCAGACUACUCAAACUGAACGUCGUUAAUUUGCCUUCCUACAGGUGCCGUAGAUACUUGCAAACAUGGGAGAAGUCGCGCAAUCCAGCAGUACAACGUCACUUCAAGACUCCAGUUCGACCAAAAGCGAGAAAAGAAAAGUACGCAGGCGGAAGAAGAAACUGUUCAAGAGCAUUCGGGAUCAGAUGGAGUUCUACUUCAGCGACGCCAACCUCCGCAAGGAUCGUUACAUGAACGAUCUGGUGAUGAGAGAUGAGGAAGGAUACGUGGAACUCGAGGUGUUUCUGACAUUCCACAAAAUCCGGGCCUUAACUUCAGACGUCAAGGACAUAGCAGGUGCCAUAGCCACAUCCAAAUUACUACAGAUGGACGAGGAGCACAGACGGGUGCGACGUUGUGCUGAAUUCAUGGCCAAGGUUGAUGUGGAUGAGUGCACACUGUACGUUGAGCGGUUACCACUGCACGCUGAUCAUGCAUGGCUGAAAGGGGUCUUCAGUCGGCAUGGGCAGGUGGUCUAUGUGAGCCUUCCACGGUAUCGUCACAACAACCGCAUCAAGGGGUUUGCCUUCAUCGAGUUUGCCACACCGGAAGAUGUUGACAGAGCUUGCCAGCACUUUGGCUAUCAGGAUGGGAGCAGCAGGCACCCUGACGGGGCGGCAGAGCGCACUGCGGUCACUGAUGAAAUAAUGGCAGUGGGAGUCAAAGAGGAAAAGUCCGAAGAUGAAGAUGGUCCUCCAGCGAAAAGGAGGAGAGAGGAGAGCAGUGAAGCAGUGGGACAUGUGGCAUUUUCCAAAGACAUGAAGGUGGAGGAGGACAACGAGGACGUCGUAACCACUACAGACGCUGAGAGCUCGGACACUGGCACAGCAAGAGGGGAGCUUGAAGUGACUGGAAUGGAACACUCCGUGUUAGCACGAGCGAAAAGGAAGAAGAAGUUGCGCAAGCGCAAGAAGAAGACGCAACACUCGGAGUCCAAAGAACAGCAACCUUCACUGUUAGUGAUGCCAAAGUGCGAAUGGAAGCGACUCAGGAACAAGUACCUGGCUUUGCAGAAAGCCACUAUGGCACAAAUCAAGCGCUCUCUGCUGCUACCACCAUCGGGGUACACACCCGCUCCAUCCCCAAGCUACACACUCUCAUCCCCCGUACAAACAUCGUUGACAGCCGACUCCGACAUCACUCUCGCAUCUCAGGAAGAUGAGGCUUGGGAGAUGUUUUCAGAUGACAGAGGGAACAAGGAGCCAUCAAGCGCUUCAGAAGCAACGCAAGCCCCACCAGCGCUGGAGUUUCAGCCUGGAGUCAUUGUCAAGCUGGUCACCGAGAAGCCAGUCUCUAACACUGUUGAGUUCAAGAACAACAUCCGGCAGCUAGCCAAUGUGGCAUACGUGGAUGUUAUGGAGGGGGACAGUGUCGCAUACGUGCGUUGUGCUGAUCCGGAAGGAGCCUACCAGUUCAUCGAGAACCAGAAGGAGUCAUUCUGUGGUGCCCUCUCCUUGCUUACUGGGGAUGAGGAGAAGUCUUACUGGGAAAAGAUAAACCUGGACCGGGAGACACGCCGCAACCAGAAGACCAGGCAGAAGAAACGAGGUGUUGAGAAGGUCAUGGCGAAGGCCCAAAAAAUGAUGGAGAAGAAAAAUCUGCACAUCCGCUUCGAUGACCUCUGAAGC